AUAGGCAAAUUGGGUCAAAUAUGUACAGUUGUAUACAAAUGUGUGUAACACAAAGUUAACCUAAGAUAACUUUUGUCUUUUCAUUCAUUAAUUCAACUUUGAGCCUAAUAAGAUAGUGACUUUUUGUUUUUAGAGUAGAAAUAAAUACAUUUAACUAAAACUGUGUACAUUUUCUCUAAACAUAGCUUUAAAAAUUAACAAAAUCGUUUAACAUUUUAUGAAGUAACACUACUUUUUUUAUGCACUACUUUUUACUUUAAAGUAUGUUUUUAUUUUUAUUUGUAAACAUUAGAGUGAAUCAGGCUUGUAUUUUCAGUUAUGUGAGGUUUUGUUCUGCUGUGCGGCUUGGACGCGGCGCCUGUCUUUAGUGAAGCGGCGCGGCGAUGCUUCUGAAACGCGCCGCGCUGCAGCUGGUGUAAACGCAAGCUUUGACUAGAGUGGCCGCGAUCGGCUCCGCGGAGGCUAUAAAGAGCCGUGCCGCAUAUCGGACUCGCGCAUACAGGACAUCUUGUAUUCCCAGCUCUUCCCAAACUACAUUCAAGGCAGUCCAGAACCAGAGCGAUUGCGCAGACGCAAUAUGCGGGAUUUCGGCGAUGGGCGCGGUCCAGAAAUCUCAAAGUCCCAAAACACAUCCAAGUAGACAGCGAGACGCUUCUUCAACACAGACACAAUCGUCCUUAUUUAACUCAGUUUCACAACAACAUGAAGAGCGCGUUUACUAUGUGUGUGUGCUUCUUCGUCAUAGAGGGUGUGUUUGAUGUUGAUCCAGAUGAAGUGAAGACCGUGAUCGAGGGAGAUUCUCUUACUCUACAGACUGAUUUUAUUGAAACCCAGAAAGAUGGUCUAACAGAGUGGAAAUUUAAUGAUAAUAGCAUCGCAACAAUCAACAGAGCAACUGGAAAAGUUGAAUAUAGUGAUGUGAAGUUGAUGUUUAGUGAUAGAAUUUAUCUGGAUCAAACUGGAUUUUUCAACAUCUGGAAUAUCAGAAUCAAACACUCUGGUGAAUAUAAAGUAAAGAGUAUCAGCAGUGUAGGGACCAAAUCCAAGACAUUCAAAGUUAUUGUGCAAGAUUCUCCACUCAGGUCUGUUGAAGAUAAAGAUGAAAUAAAGGCAUUGUUAGCCACAAAGGGAAACUCUGAGACCCUACACACUGAUACUGACCUACAGAAACAUGAUCUGAUACUGUGGAGAUUUGGAGCUGAAGGAUCUCUCAUCGCUAAAGGUGAUGCAGAUAACAAUCAGACCUUGUACUAUGAUGGUGACAAUGGGAGAUUCAGAGACAGACUGAAGAUGGACAGCAGGACUGGAUCUCUGACCAUCAGUGACAUUGAAACUGAACAUGCUGGAGAAUUUAGACUAAAGAUCAUCAGUGACAGAAGGAUUUUGUUCAAAAGAUUCACUGUUACUGUCUCUGUACCAGGUAUAUCUCCAGGCGCUAUAGCGGGGAUAUGUGUUAUUAUGCUGCUGGUGGCUGCUGCUGCUGGUGCUGGUGUUGGGAUUUAUUGUCGACGCAGUGAUUCUAAACUAAAUAAACUAAUGUCGAAGUUCUCUAAACAACUAGAGCAACUGCCGAAGAUCUCCAAACAACUAGAGCAACUGUCAAAGCUCUCUAAACAAUUGUCCGAGAUCAAUGAAAAAGAACUGGCGGAGGGCUGUGAAAAAGAAUUAUCAAAGAUCUCUGAAAAACUAAAGAAAAUGUCUGGGAACUGUGAGAAAGAAAUGUCGGAGAUAUCUAAACAACUAGAGCAACUGCAAGAAGAGAAGAUCUCAGAACGACUGUCCGAGAUUGCUGACAAAAUAAAGAAAGUAUGUGAAGAUAAGAAACCUGAACAACCAGAGCUGCAGCCUUUGACAGGUGAAGCAGAGACCUCUGAACCAGAAACACAUGCUGAUGUCACAGAAGUAGAGGCAAGGGGAUCAGAGCUGGAGAGAGAUGAAAUGGAGAUCUCUGAACAAGAAAUAUGUGCUGAUGUCACACAGAUGGAGAAGGGUGAAGGGGAACGGUGCAUUUUAGUUGCAGAGACUGCCAUAAGCCGAGUGAUGGGUGAUGAUCGGACUGUCAUAGACAGAAAGGGCAGGCAGGAGCCUUGUGAUCCGUAACCUCAGUACUAAACGUGCUGGAGGUCACACACAUGAUGGAAAAGAUCCUGAAAAUGAUCUGAAAGAGCUGAAAGAAG